CACCAUUGUCUCCCCAGUAAAAUAUGUCUACCACCUUUGUCAUCAUCUGGGGAGAGGAUGCAAGGACAGACACAUCAAGGCUUGCCUACAGGAACAACACGUUUUCAAAGAACACUGAUUGAUGUCCACUCCACAUUGAGCUUGAGCAGGGGAAGCUACCAGUUUUCCAUCCUAAGAGACCAAAAGCAGCAGACAGCAGCAUCAAGAAAUACUUUUGGAUCAGGGAGUGUGUACCCUGAUGGCCAGUCAUUACUCUAAGUCACCCACCUCUGGACUGUCUGCCGCCUCGUGACCUUGUUUUAAGCCACUGUUUUCCAUCGUUCUUCCUGACGCAGAAGGAUGGGUGAUGGGCCUGUGAGCUGUCCUACCUGCCUGCCUCGUCCCACCCUUCAAUGGAGUCGCUGUGGAACUCCUCCCAGUCCCCACCACUGUCCAACUCUUCGGCCUCCGCUCUGGCUGAAGGGUGGGCUGUGUCCCAGGCUCUAGCUCUGGUGGCCAUGCUGCUGAUGGACCUGGUGGCAGUGGUGGGGAACGUAGCCGUCAUGGCGGUCAUUGCUAAAGCCCCUCAGCUCCAUAAGUUUGCCUUUGUCUUUCACCUGUGCUUGGUUGACCUUCUAGCCGCGCUGGUUCUCAUGCCUCUGGGAAUGCUAUCGAGCCGGGCCUUCUUUGGAGAGGCUCUGUGCCGGAGCUACCUCUUUCUCAGUGUGUGCCUGGUCAGCGCUGCCAUUCUAUCCAUCUCUGUCAUCAAUGUUGAGCGCUACUACUACAUCAUACACCCUAUGCGCUAUGAGGUCAAAAUGACAGUGGGUUUGGUGACCUCUGUGUUGGUAGGCAUCUGGGUUAAGGCCCUCGCCAUGUCUGCGCUGCCCCUCAUUGCCUGGUUGCUCCAAGGAGGGAAAGCUCCUCUGCUGGAGAGUGGGGGUGUGGGAGCAGGUGGGGGUCCGGUCCCCUCACCCCCGACUCAAGGCCACAGGCGUUGCUCCCUGCAUUGGACAGGAGGGGGGUCCAACCGCUUAGCUUUCAUGGUUCUAUUCACACUUGUUUACUUCCUGUGUCCACUACUUGUCAUCCUUGUUGUGUAUUGCAAUAUGUUUAAAGUGGCCCGUGUUGCAGCAAUGCAUCAUGGGCCUUUGCCAACCUGGAUGGACACACCUCGUCGCCAGCGCUCUGAGUCCAUGAGUAGUCGUUCCACCAUGGUCACCAGCUCUGGGACAGGUACCGGGACAGGCAGGGCUACCCCUCAGCGGCCCUUUGGAGGUGGGAAGGCGGCUGCGAUCCUGGCUGCGGUUGGGGGUCAGUUUCUGUGCUGCUGGUUGCCAUAUUUCUCCUUCCACUUGUACUCUGCUCUGGCCUCCAGCUCCCCGGCUGCCCUCGCCUCACUAGAGGAGAUUGUCACCUGGAUUGGGUACUUCUGUUUUACGUCCAACCCCUUUUUCUACGGCUGUCUAAACAGGCAGAUAAGAGAGGAGCUGGGGAAGCAUUUGCCUUGUCUGUUUCGACGCUCUGGGGUGGAGGUGGAGGAGAGGCUGCCCAGUCGGGACGGUUCCAUAGAGGAGAACUUCCUGCAGUUUCUUCAGGGCACUGGGUGUAACUUGGACCCCCAGAACUCCCACAGCACCUCAAGUCCCAAAGGAGAAGGCUGCUGUCCUGCGGCUCAGGCCCCACUCCCUGAGCCUCCGCAGCCAAUCCCAGUUGAUUUCCGUAUUCCUGGACAAAUUGCAGAAGAGACCUCUGAGUUUACUGAGAGUGACCAAGUAAAAAACAAUCAUAUAUAUACAGAAAACUAAACUUUCAUCACAGGCGCUGUAUUUUUUGAGAAUAAGUCUUCAGAUCAAAUGUGUUUCAGGUGUUGCUUUAAUUAAGGUGUAUUCCUCUUAAUGCUACAGAGCAAGAUGUUUAAAAUAACUGAGUAUGCACUUUGCUUCACUAGUUUUAAAUGGAUAUAAAACAUCAAGAAUUUACCAUACAGUAAAGCUUUUGUACGCAUUUUAACAGUUGAACAGGGAUUUAAUAUUUUAUGUUGUUUUUUCUGAUGGCCUUCCAUGUAACCACUCAGCUCUGUACAGGAAACUACAACUCAGUGAAUGAACUGUUGAGAUUUUGUGUUAGUCAGUAAGUUUACAUUAAAACAGAUCAAACUUGGCAACAUUUGCUCUAAUAUAAAACUAUUUGAAUGUGAUCAUACUUCUGUA